AUGGAGUCCGCACUGCAGCAGCCCCCGUCGCCGGAUGAUGUCGACGCUGCAGCGUCGCAAAGUAUCGCGACUCCAGACGGGCAACUCAAGCGGAAGAGGCAGCCCCGAAACAGUGCCUGCCAAGCAUGUGCUGCGCUCAAGGUAUGCACCAUCCACCGAGACUUCAUGCUGAUCACGAUGGACCAGGUGCCAUCGCAUGGAACGAGAAUGCAUCCCCGCCGUUCCCAAAGCACGAAAGCGCCGCACUGCCAGUAACGUCGGCGAGUCAGAGGGCAUUCCAUUGGGAGAGUUUGCAGGUCCUUCAGCUUCGCACUCAGGCCCACCGCCCAAGUUCGACCUACCUGCGGGGAAUCAUCCCGAAUAUCAGGCUGAUCGCAGCAACCUCCUAUCGCGGCAUGACCUUUCACACAACGACAGCAAAUCCUUCAUUGCACUAUUCGCGCGGGGCCUCGGAAACAGUGCUGCAUGUGAAGAGUUGCUCCGCGGCGUCGACUACAACUUUGUGCAUAAAGCCUUCACCAUCUAUGCACAGUUGACACCAUAUUUUCCAUUCGUCGAACUUCGGCCUGGGGCAGACAUUAUUCGCAUGGUCGCGAGUCGACCAGUCUUGACCCUUGCCAUUUGCACAGUAUCGUCUGGGGCACAUCUUGAGCUGCAGGAUCGUCUGACUCAGGCAUUUCGUUAUGCCUUGUCUUCCAAGGUUCUGUUAGGAGGGGAGCGGAGCAUGGACGUACUCACCGGUCUUCUUGUUUUUCUGGCAUGGUAUCACCAGUAUAGGUCUCAGCACCAGUUCUACCAACAGCUCUCACUUUUGGCGGGGAUAGCGGCAGACCUGGGGCUAUACAACAGAUCUUACCUGCCUCCAGAGGACCCAUCGAGCAACUUAGAGCGCGACCGGGCGUUUGUCGGUUGCUAUUAUCUCUGCGCCAAUCUGUCAGCUAUUGGUUUUGACAGGCCGAAUCCCAUGCGAUGGACGAAUCAUCUUCGAGCUUGUGCAGAGAGCGCUGCUGCGGCAGGCGGUAUGCCAUCCGACAGGGCUCUGGUAGCCGUCCUGGAGCUGUCUUGCGCCAUCGAUGAAAUGGAGGAUGGCCUCCGACAAGCCACUGAUGGUCGGGAUCCGAUAUCGCCACAGGUGAUAGAUGGCUACACAAGAGCAGCAAGUCAGCGACUCAAAGCUUUGAAGCGAGAGUUUCCAUCACUAGGUGGCACCCUAGGAUUCGCAGCAUCAAGCAUUCACAUUUAUCAGCGGCAACUGCGAGCUGGCCCUAGUCCGGAGUCAUCAAUGCUCAUACAAUGCGCUUGCAGCGUAAAGGAAUAUGUGGACGAACUCCUGGCCCGACCUCCUGCGACGCUGCAUCAGAUGUCGUCUGUUGACUGGGCAAGCAUGCUGGAAACAUUAGUUCUCAUGUCGCGCGUAUUCCGGCCGCUGCCAAGUGCUGGUGGGUGGGAGGCAGGUGCACUUACCUCGAUGCUGCAACGAGAUCUGGCUCUCGAAUCUGUUAUCGCACACAUGGAGAAUGCACCCCAAGCUGACCCAUUGGCGCCACGGCAUGAGUCUUUACUGCUCACCUUCCGUAACCUGUGCGAAGCGAUCAAACGCGGUUCUGCUGCUGGCGGGGGACCUGCAGGACAACGUGCACAGCUCAGCUAUUUCGGCAGCGGUGUACUGGAGCCAGCUUUCUGGGACAAUCUCGCCGGUGUGUCGUGA